AUGAAUACUCAAGUCCAUCUCAACCCGACAGAGCUCUCGAUCAUAUCGAUUCCUCGAGACCGGUACUGGAUUUUCACCAGCUCUAUUCUACAACUACUCUACAACGAGGUGGUGAAGUACUUGCCCAAUUACAACGUGGACGACUACUCUGAUUCAGAAGAGGAAUAUGACGAAGACAAUGACGAAAACUCAAAUUCACACCACCAAGACGAAAACCCUGGUUCUGGUGGUGGAGGGCAUCGGAGAUCUGUAGACAACUCAAGCAAGAUGAAAUCCAAUAACUCUUCAGACAGCCUCAACAGAAACUACGAGUCGGACCAGGACAGCUUGUCUGAGUUCGAUAACUAUUUUUUCCACAUUGCUUUAACUCCACUCGAAUGCACUGUGAUCGUCUCAACACUGCUUUUGACAACGUUAUUCAAAGACCCUAUAGAGAUAUGUCGCAGGUUGGACUUGAAAGAAGUUCAGGUAAUCUCAGAAAGCUUCUUAAGCUUACAAGUAGAUAGUGAUGGCAGUUUUGACAACAGCUUGCGUAUACUCGAAUUGACCAAGCCAUUGUCCGAAAACAACAUCUCGUUAUUCUUCCUCUCUAGUCACUUUAGCGACAUUGUUCUUUUCCCGGCCUCGCUCAAAGAAAAGGUCAUCAGCAUUCUCACUAAGAAAAACUUUGAGUUCUCCGACAUCUCCAACAGCUACAUUAUGUCAAAUACCGAAAGCAAUGAAGAUCAUGACAUGCACUCUGAUGAAGACAUAGCGUCCAAAAUACUCGAGGAAAAGACAUUCAAGCUUUUCAGUGAUGCCAAUAUCAAACCAGCAAUAAACACAAAUGAAAAGUUGCUAUUGACUGGCGCCAGAGCCGGUGAAGUGCAUGAUACUAUUCUAAACUGUGCUACGGUAUUAGCUAGACCAGAGAUCAUACCUCCUUACUUUGCCAUAACUAGAACUUCUAUCAACGAAGUGUCUUUGAUCUUGCCCAAGUCGUCUAAAAAACGUGCCCAUUUAGGUUUCGACUCAAAGAGUAUCAUUGGUUCGACUCAAGAUAUUAUCAUCCCCAUCUCCAUCGACUUCUCCAACUUGCCCUUGGAUUCAACUGGUAUUGUUGCUGGCGUAGCCAGUAAAUUGAUAAACGGUAUAAAGAAGUAUAACAACACUUUGUUCGAAAUGAACUACUUCUCAAUGGCGCGGUCUGGAAUCAUCAUGAUUCCUCAAGAGAAUGUCGAAACAGUGUCUGAUAUUCUCAAUAACAUC